AUGUCCCUAAGAGUCCUCUCGAAACUCCGAAUUCUGCCAUCGUCUACGGCGAGGUUGACGCAGAGAAGUGCUUCAUUCCUUCACUCAUCAAUUCUCUCCAUUCAGUUCUCUAAGAAAGUUCAACCAGUACUCGCGCCUCUAUCAACAUACAUUUGCGCUCGUUCUUUAUCGGAGACAUCAAGUCCUCCGAAACUGGACAAGGUGCUUCACGAUCGCCUUACGGAACUGACAACUCGCACUCGGGUGGUGGUUCUCAUGAAGGGCGAUCCGGUGGAACCACGUUGUGGCUUCUCCAACGCUGUCUGCCGCAUACUCGAGGCACAUGGAGUUUUGGGCAAAAAGGACCCCACCACCGGUGCACCUCUUCUCUCCUCUUUCGACGUGCUCUCAGACUCUGAAACCCGUGAAGCCGCCAAACUCUUCUCCGAUUGGCCAACCUUCCCACAGGUAUUCAUUGACGGUGAAUUCAUUGGAGGUUGUGACAUUCUCCUCGACAUGCAUCGGUCUGGUAAACUGGCUGCUGAGUUGGAGCGGCGCGGAAUCGGGUCGCUGCUCACUGAGAAUGGGAAAGACGAUUCUUCUAAAUCUCCUCCAUCCUCGUCAUCGUCAUCCUAG